AUGAGGGUAUUCGAGUCGUUGAACUGCAUCCUCUGCAAGAGACCGUUUGUGCCGAUUGCGGGACAGCCUCGAUCUCCACGACUUUUGCUUUGUGGAUCGGCGAUUUGUCAUGAAUGUUUCGAGAAGGAAAAGUCGUUGAAGCAAGGGGAGAGGGAACAUAAAUGCGAUGGCGGUGAAGCAUGCUUCUACAAUUCCAACUUUGCUUACUGUGUGAUUGAUGUGCUAUCACAGGAUUGCUUCACUCUUUCGCCGAUUUUGGGCGGAUAUUUGCUUAUGAAGCCAUUGGUCAAUCCUGAAUGCCCAAUCUGUCACGAUGAAUAUUCGAACAAAGACGCUUCUAAGGAGGCUUUUUUUUUCGGUUGCAAUCACCUUGUAUGCACUGAAUGCUAUCAGAAAAGCAAAAUAACGAUUUUGAAGCAAAAUAACGAUAUCGCGACACGGGCUAAGACAAGUCGAGUCAUUAUGACAAGUGGAGAAAAUCGUCGGAAAGAUUGGUUGCAAGAUUUCUUAAAAGAAUUGCCUGAAAUGACAUGCCAAUUAGAAGAAAUGAAUAAAACUGGAUAUCGUUUUUGUGAUGAAUGCAAGAAAUUGGAUAUUGUUGACGAAAUGUAUCAUUGUAAUAAGUGCUUGUUGCAGCUAUGUGGCAACUGUACCUACAAGAAUCAUCGUUCACACAAGGCAAUCACACUUCUGCAAAAAGAGGCGAGUUUAAUGUCUCACGAGCUUUGCUAUCUUUCAAUCAGUGAGGUUCAAACGUACCAUCAAUUAUUUUCUGGGCUUCACAAGGAAUUGUCUGAUGGCCUUCAAGGAUUUGAUCAAAAGCUGUUGAAAAAGAAAAGAGAUCUCACAAAUGCGUCGACCUUUGAAGAUUUAAGAGAGAAACAUAAAAAGUGCACAGAACUGAAGACGGAUUUCGAGAAGUGCUCCGAAGAAUACAUGCCCCACGUACGCAAAUACGAAAAAAGAGUCCAAGAAUUGAUGAAAACUCUCGAUGAUGAUCCAAAU